UUGGAACAACAUGAGGGUGAGUAAUUAAUGACAGAAUUUUCAUUUUUGGAUGAACUCUCUCUUCAACAAUUAUAUUUACCCUUUUACGUAAAUAACAAUCAUACUAUUUUUCUUAAUAUGAAAUCGUAAUCGUAAUAUUUUGUAAAGGUGAACCAAUGUAUUCAUUCAGUUUCAAGGCAAGUCUCUUCUUUUUGUCCCUAUAAGAUUCUUUCUUGCUUGCAAAGGUUUGACAGUCCUGUGGUUGACAGAUUUAAUAAACCACAGUAAAGCUUCUAGUUAAUAGUACACUCUUAAAAUAAAGAUGCUUUAAAAGGUUCUUCACAGCAAUGCCAUAGAAGAACCAAUUUUGGUUCCACACAGAACCAUUCAGUCUUUAAAGAACCUUCUCUUUCUUACCUUUUUAUAAUCUGAAGAACCUUCUUUUGCCAUAAAAAACCUUUUGUGAAACAGAAAGGUUCUUCAGAUGUUAAAGGUUCUUUAUGGAACCAUUUAGACAAAAAAGGUUCUUCUAUGGCAUCGUGAAGCACCUUUAUUUUUAAGAGUGUACACUGUAAAAUACACAAAUGUGCUUGAUUAGACUAUUCAGAUGUCUUGCUGCUCAAUAGGUCCUACUCCACUCCCUAUGUUGUCCAUGUAGAAGCUGGGCCGGACCUUCAUGGCUGUGCGUCUAAGAGAGUACCACAGUCCUCUCCAGGUGCUCCAGACCACACCAUUAUCAUACUUGGCUUUGUACUCUCCACCUCUGUAAAAUCUCCCAUUAAGAUUGGCAGCAUGACACCUGUAAGUAAGCAACAGGUAGCGAUCGUGAUCCUGGUCCCGGGUGCUGAAUUGCAUGCCGUUAUGAGAGGCUGACCACUGCUCCACCAUGUUGGACCCUCCAGACAGGGCAUCUCCUGCUUGACCACUGUACAUCCCGUAGUGCAGCCUGUACUUAUUCUAAGGAUAGAUGAGGAAUGAUGUGAGCAAAGAGGAAUUUGAUGAAAUAGGAGACAUUAUAUUGUUAAAGAUUUAGCAAAAAACCUAGGACUGGUGUGCGAAGGUAGUUUUUUACAUUUUCUCAAUCAUUUAACAAAUGGUUUGAUUGACAGCAGUGGUUCUACAGGCAAAGUUGUCCAGAAUGAGGAGAUCUACGAUGAUACGAAUAUCGUUCGUAUGUGUGGAAAAAACACAAUAUACAAUCGUUUACACCCUUGAAAAAUUUAAUAUUGCCUCCCAAUGGCCAAUUUUUUUUUUAACUCCAAAAGUGGGCAGAAAUUCGCAGGGUAGGAGGGUGUAGUGACACUGAGUGUAACUAAAAAGGUCCCAUUGUCCGGUGAGGUCCGGUUGGGGAGUUACGGAAUGGCCCGGCGAUCUUAUAUCGCAUCAUUUUAUUAACUGUUCAUCCACCACGCUAUUCAGCGCCAAUCCCACCAUGCAAUCAAUUUUACUGGUUAAGGUUAGGGUCAGGUGUCGGGUAGGUUUAGGGGUUAGCAUUGUUUGUAGCAUAGUGUAGGAAAUCAACUCUGUGAUUGACAACCAAUAAAACCUUUAGAAUCGGCUGUGGGGCGGAGUUUGUGCUGAAGUGGAUUGGGGGAAAAAUUUGCACAUGCAUGUCACGUGCCUGUCUUUCAAUGGGAGGAAGCCACACCCUAUUUUGGAGCUCCCACCCUGUUUUGGAGUUCCCGCCCCCAUUUGGAGAUCUCCAGGCUGCAGUUAUUCGCUUCUCUCAGAUUUAGCUCUUACAUAUGCGUUGUGAGUUUGGCAAAGAUAUCCCAUUCUGUUCAAAAGUUAUAGCUGUUUUGAUCAAGGCAGCCCUGCCCCUUUCUAAUGUUUUUGCACCCUUUUGUAACAGAGAGUCUCCGGAGAAUCUUCCUGCACUGAUUUGGUUCUGUUCGGGUGAAAACCCUUGGACUAGCUCACAAAAGUAGGUUUCUCAAAAAAUGCAAAAUACCCCAAAAUUUUGUGUGAGCCAAGGACUCCAAUGACAUAAGACACUUGAGCCUGCAACGAACGGUUUACUUUUGAUCGCCGUAGCGCCCCCGCGUCGUCAUAGUCCUACCAUCCCUCCAAGUUUCAAGUUUCUACUACUUAAGGUUUGGUCUGCCCAAUCAGUUUUAUGUGGAGAUUGCUGACCCUUGGCCAUUCUAACAAUUACAAGCAACGCGCUUGAACCCUCUAAUAUUACAUAAAGUAUAAAACUUAAAACAUGGACUUGAGACUCCAGAGAUUUUAAAAUGUUAUCAACUUAGACAUUUGUUCAUAAUCAACUCUCAUAAAAUUGUGAAAAGCCUUAAUUAUAAAUAUACACAUGCACAGGUUUCUUAUAAGAGUACCAUUACAUUACCUUUGUCAUGAACUAAUAAUGAGCCUCCAGUACUUGGUAGGGUUGGUGAAGAAGGUUCAGUGUUGUUUUCAGAGGUCUCCUUGUGUUCCAGUGAUAGUUCCAGGUUGGGAACCAGCUUGAAGCGUCUGUGAUUACGCAGAUGCAUAACUUUCCAUUCCCCGAUCAGCAAUUUAUUAUUCAGCUUACGAAUCUCGUCCUUCAGCUUCAACACUUCAGGUAUCUGGCAUUCUUCCUCUGCCUCAAUAAACCAAAGACAACGUCUUUCUAUUGUUUUUAAGCUCUUUUUCUAUAGGCUGUAGAAAUUCAGGUCAAACUUACUGAGAUUUGAAGAAACGUGAGAGCUUGAAACAUCAACAUAAACACCAGGUGUGACAUGGCCACCUAAUAUUCUUUAAAUGAAAAUGGAGUCUUGUUAAAAAGCUUCCAUUUAAUUUGCAUUAACAUUAAACAUGUUUAGAAAUGCAAGUAAGUAGAAAAAUAAGCAGCAAUGUAUGCAUAUAUACUUUAAAAUAUCCAUAAAAGUGUAUUAAAUAUAAAUCUAUACCUGCAGAAUGUGGUGUACGUGGUGCUUCUCCAGAUAAGGUGUCAAUGAAAUGCCCUCCAGACUUUCAUUUCUAAAAUUUAUAGGCACUGCUGGUUCCGCAUGGUCCACAUUAGUCUUCCCACUGAGUCAGAAAAAGAUGCUUCAUCUUCCCCCAUUCCACACAUACCAGAAGAAACAACGUAAAAUUGUUGUUUUCUUGAUAAUUUAUGUGGAAUUUCUGUUCCACAUAAAACACAAAACCUUCAAUAUUAUGAUGUAGUACACCAUCCCUGAUAAAUAGGAUAGGCUGCUUAUGUUGUUUUCGUCUUUACAUUUAAAACUUAAGUCAUUCAGACUUGCGCGUUUGGAAUUCGUGAGGAAAUUAAGAAUUUUCAAUUUGGGUGAACUGUUCCUUUAAUACAGACGUCUUGGCACUUUUAGAUUUUAAACAAACCUUUACUUAUUCGUUCUUUUAUGAAGCUGUUUUCUCAAAAUGUUACUACAAGGAUUUGCAAUCAUUGAGGAGAUUGAGUAUCUGACCUCGAGAAAAAUAUAAUCACGUUCCUGCGCGCGUACGCGACUUUAAUUAAAACCAUAUUUUAUUAACCCAACGCAGUUGUAUAAUACCUCAGUGAAUUCUAAGGAACGGGUUCGUUUUAUCAUCACCGUUCCCGUUCGCCCAUGCUGAUUUUGUGUGCAUGUGAACUUAAACGCAUGAGGAAGUUAAAAACCGCUACGUCUGCAGCAGGAGUAAAGAAAGGGGCGGUGUGAAUGUGGUUGUGGAUGGAAGACGAGAAAACUACAGCUAACCUUUGAACCUCCUUCCUUUGUUAUCACAAAAAAUCACGGGACAGUCACCGCUCGUAAAGACAAUCAUGGAGACGUAGAAAUACUGUGUUAGGAAUAUGUGACUGUGCAGAGAGCAGAAAAACUGCGAGUCGAGAAAAGGGAAGGAAAAUAGUUUUCCCGGAUGCGCUUUCUGCCUGAUAUUUAAUUUAGUGCUUCAUACUUGAUUUCGAAACUUUACGGUGCAGACGAGUUUUGGAUUAGAAAUCCAUGGGAUAUUAAUCAGAAAAUCUUUUAAUCACCUCUGAAAACUUGAAUUUGGACCCUCUGAGGAUUUAUUGCCCUAAAAGAGAAACUCAAAACUGUCUUGUUAAAAUGACAUCGGUGCAUUUUAACCCUGGGUUAGAUUCCAAGGAAGUUAAUGGUAAUGGGGUGAAAGAGGAGGCACAGGUGCAGAUUGAUGAUGGAAAGGAAGAGACGGAAGACUCGUACACCAUGUACCAUCGUGUCCGGAAAGCUAUAACUCCUUUUGUGAUGUCCUUUGGUUUUCGAUUCAAGGUGUAUUUCAGCUCAAAACUGAACAUAAUGGAUGCCUGUAUUGUGGUUGUUACCCUGGUGGUCACCAUGAUCUAUGUAUGGUCUGAUCUCUCCGGAGCCAGCCUGAUUCCCAGGUUGGUCUCUUUCCUGAGAGCUCUGAGGAUAUUGAUUCUGGUACGUAUCUUCAGACUGGCCUCUCAGAAGAAAGAGCUUGAAAAGGUCACCAGGAGAAUGGUGUCCGAGAACAAAAGACGGUACCAAAAAGAUGGAUUUGAUCUGGAUCUCACUUAUGUCACAGAAAGAGUUAUUGCCAUGUCUUUUCCAUCUUCUGGGAAGCAGGCGCUAUAUAGGAACCCAAUUAGAGAGGUUACUAGAUUCUUGGACACCAAACAUCCGGAUCACUACAAGGUGUUUAACCUCUGUAGUGAGAAGGGUUACGAUCCAAAGUUCUUUCACUAUAGAGUGGAGCGUGUUAUGAUAGAUGACCAUAACGUGCCGUCACUUGAAGAUAUGCUGAGGUACACAGCCUGUGUUAGGGAGUGGAUGGCGGCAGACUCCAGGAAUGUGAUCGCCAUCCAUUGCAAAGGAGGAAAAGGGCGGACUGGGACUAUGGUGUGCACGUGGCUCAUCGACAGCAAUCAGUUUGAGAGUGCACAGGAGAGUUUGGACUAUUUUGGAGAGAGACGGACUGAUAAAAGUAUGAGUACGAAGUUCCAGGGUGUUGAAACUCCCUCACAGAGUAGGUACGUCGGUUAUUAUGAGAUCAUGAAGAACCAAUACAACCGUCAGCUACCACCUCAGAAGAGCCUGAAAAUAAAGAGCAUCCGAAUCCACUCCAUUGCAGGUGUAGGGAAGGGUAAUGGGAGCGACCUGAAGGUGAAGAUCAUAGUGAAGCAAGAGCUCGUCUUCCAGUGUGUUUGUGCCAAACAACAAAACAGUACAGUGUUUCCAGACACUGGUAACAAUGCCGUGGUUAUCAGUUUACAGGAAGGGCCUGUUGUGACUGGAGAUGUGAAGGUCAUGUUUGAGUCCAGUGCAGGUUUGCCAAAGGGUUACGAGGACUGUCCGUUCUAUUUCUGGUUUAACACCUCUUUCAUUGAGAACAACAGCCUGUAUCUCUCGAGGGAGGAGCUGGACAAUCCACACAAAUCAAAGACCUGGGACAUCUACAAGGAGGACUUUGGAGUGACGUUGUAUUUCACAGACCCUUGAGAAGAAAAUUCUCUGACAGUGGAUGAUGUUUACCAUUUUAGUCCUUUCUUAUAAGUAGAUGUAUCUCUUGAGGUGUACAAGUAACCAAGUGAUGAUAAGCUGCAAACUGAAGCCAAUGUAAACACUCCAGAUAAGCCUACAGAUAUAUACGACAUAAAUGUGAUUUUUUUCUUUUGGUAAUGUUUUCAGUACAUUGUAUUUCCAUGGUUGUUUUUGUGUAAAAAAAAGGAUGAAUGGAAAUGUUCAGAA